AUGAUCUCGAGACUGCGUCCUGCUCUGGGGCGCUUGCCCCUGAGGGCAUUGAGUCUCCGUAUCUCACAACGCAAUCUUCAUAUUGAUGGGCGAAGCCGUGUGUCCAAUUUCUGGAUCCCAACAGGAGGAAUCUCAAAAAAGCCAAUUGAUGGGGAAAUUGAGGACGUCAAUGAUUUGCUAGUACGAGGUGGCUUUCUUCGCCAGGCUUACUCGGGUGUAUUUCAUUUACUUCCACUUGGGCUACGCGUUCAGGACAAGCUAGAACGUCUCAUUGACAAGCACAUGCGCUCGCUAGGUGCCUCCAAAGUAUCCUUGUCUUCGCUAUCAUCGCAAGAACUUUGGGAACAGUCAGGUAGACUAAGUGGAGGCUCCGAAUUAUUCCGCUUUAAAGACAGAAAGGAGACACCAUUCCUCCUGGCUCCGACACAUGAGGAGGAGAUCACCACUCUGGUGGGAAGUCUGACCACUUCGUACAAGAGUUUGCCUUUGCGGGUGUAUCAAAUCUGUGAGCCCUUCGUGCGAUCUCACCUGCUACAGUGGCUAACAUGCUUUCAAGCACGCAAGUACAGAGAUGAGGCCCGGCCAAGGCAAGGCUUACUUCGUGGACGAGAGUUCAUUAUGAAAGACCUCUAUACAUUCGACUACAAUGUUCAUGAGGCACUCAAGACAUACGAUGCGGUUAAAGUAGCCUACAGGGGGCUGUUUGAUGAGUUGAAAAUUCCAUAUCUCGUCGCUGCAGCAGAUUCGGGAAAUAUGGGCGGCUCAUUGAGUCACGAAUAUCACUUCAUCAGUCCCAAGGGCGAGGACAAUGUGGUCAACUGCUCACACUGCGAACAUGUUUAUAACGAAGAAUUGGCUGACGGAAUGACGCACAACUUUGACGAAAGUAUAUCAUCUCCGACACCCGGCUUCAACACUGACCAUGCGACUGUCGAAGGGGGACCCACGAUUUCAACCGGUAUGUGGAUGGCCGUCUCGCACGACGGGAACACCAUUGUGCGGGGCUGGUAUCCCAAGUUCUCCAUGCAUAGUGGUGCCUCGGAGCCUGUGGAACGACACGUUAACUCACAUGCGGUCAAGGCCAUUGCCGCUGCGGCUGGCGUUGACCUCGAUCUGAGUGUGGAAAAUCCGCUCGACCGAUGGACUAAACAUGUCAUGGCCAAUCGAUCUUCGGGGCAGCGACCUCGAGUAUUAGACCUGUACGAUUCUCAGGUUCGGGUAUACCAACGCCCACCACUUAGUGAUAUCCUCCAAAAGGUCAACUGCGCGGCCUCGGACAUCGACUAUUCUAAACUGGAUCGGUUCCCUGGAACCUCAAAUCACCUCAGUCUUGUUCGCGUCCACGAUGGUGAUCAGUGCUCCCAGUGCGCGCAUGGGUCAUUAACGAGUCACCCUGCGGUCGAACUAGGACAUACCUUCUACCUUGGAACGCGCUACAGCGAGGUGCUCGACGCCUCGGUCUCGGUCAAUUCCGCGCUUCUGGGGGGACCGUCCGACCCUAAAAUCAAACCAUCCACCAAGGAACAAAUUGUCCCCAUGCAGAUGGGCUGUCACGGUAUUGGCGUUUCGCGGAUGAUCUCUGCAGUGGCGAACCGACUCGCUGAUUCUAGGGGGCUCAACUGGCCACGGGCCAUGGCACCUUACGAAGUUGUGGUCGUUCCCGGAAAGGGGCUAGAGACUGUGGCUGAUCAGGUUUACGACAAUCUCACUGAUGCCGUUGAUGUGAUCCUUGAUGAUCGGGACAAGGGCAUGGGCUGGAAAUUGGGCGAUGCAGACAUGAUUGGAUACCCGGUCAUCGUGGUUGCUGGCCACGGAUGGAAGAAGAAUCAGACCUUGGAGGUGCAAUGUCGCCGACUUGGCUUCAAGGAAGAGGUCCCCUUGGAGGAACUGCGCACGGCUGUUCAGUCGUUGUUGGCGCAACUGUAA